AUGAACUCUCCUCAUCAACAAACCCCUAUCAGAAAUAAUGGCCUGCAUCUGGUCUAUGAUGACAACAAUCAACAACAAGAACAAGAACAAGAACAAAAACAAUCUCCCAUGAAGGAUUCACCAAUACAUAUUCCAGAGCCUUCUUCUGCACUUCCUUCAGUAACCAAUAUCACCUCCAAUUCUCAUAAAUUGGAUUAUACAAAGAAACUGAGUGUUCAGAAUUGGGAAGAGAGAUACGUUCUGUUGCAAAACUUUUUGAAGGCUGUUGAUCAAUCAACACAAGAUGAUUAUCUCCAGAUGCUUCACUCUCUCUCCUCAGUUGACCUUAGUAGACUUGCAGUUGAACUAGAAAGGAGAACGAUUCGACUCUCAACGGAAGAAGCAAAAGAGAUCCAACGUGCAAAGAUUUUUGAUGCCCAAUGGAUAGCCGACUCAAACAAGUGAAAUGACAUGCAAAACUUACUACUGAUACGUAUAGUUUUUUUUUUUUGGUUCUUAGAAGUCCUUGAUGGAAUUGUUAAUAAUUGCUAUAUUUUUAUUUUUAUUUUUACAAUUGAAUAGUCAUUAUAUUUCCAUGUGAUGGUAUUGAUUUGUAAAUAAUAUACUGAGCGUGUUAGGAUAAGGUUUGGGUACUGUUUUUAAUCUAAAUAAGAAAGAGU